AGCGCAGUGUAUUAGAUGGCCGGCGCUAGCGCUUACCAAACCAACCACACUGGAGCAGAGCCAACGGCAGUAUCCCGCCCGGUUCCACUUCCACUCCACUUGCCUCCACAUUUCCUCCUCCUUCCCAAGAAGCAGAGCCGAGCAGAGCAGAGCAGAGCAGAGCAAGGUGUCAUGGCGAUGGCGCCGCGGGCUGUGUCCUUGUCGGUCGCCGUGGUGGUGGCGCUCCUGGCAACGGCGGACUCGUGGCUGUACGAGGAGUUCACCACGGACGGCAACGUGCGCGCGGACUACAACGCGCAGGGGCAGCAGGUGGCGUCGCUCAUCCUCACACAACAGUCCGGCGGCGGCGCCUUCGGCUCCCGGCGCAAGUACCUCUACGGCGAGUUCAGCAUCCAGAUGAAGCUCGUCCCCGGCAACUCCGCCGGCACCGUCACCUCCUUCUACCUGUCGUCGGGCGACGGCCCCGGGCACGACGAGAUCGACAUGGAGUUCAUGGGCAACUCCACGGGGCAGCCGGUGGUGCUCAACACCAACGUGUGGGCCAACGGCGACGGCAAGAAGGAGCACCAGUUCGACCUCUGGUUCGACCCGGCCGCCGACUACCACACCUACACCAUCAUCUGGAACCACAAGAACGUCAUCUUCAAGGUGGACGACCUCUUCAUCCGCAGCUUCACGCGCUACGCCGACCUGCCCUACCCGGGCGCCAAGCCCAUGUCCGUGCACGCCACGCUCUGGGACGGCAGCUACUGGGCCACGCAGAAGGGCAAGGUCCCCGUCGACUGGUCCGGCGCGCCCUUCGUCGUCUCCUACCGCGGCUACUCCGCCGACGCGUGUGUGCCCAACGGCGACGGCCGCCCGCUCUCCUGCCCCGCCGGCACCGGCCGCUGGAUGGACCGCCAGCUCGACGACGCCGAGCGCGGCACCGUCGCCUGGGCCAGGCGCGACUACAUGCGCUACAACUACUGCGACGAUGGCUGGCGAUUCCCGCAGGGCUUCCCCGCCGAGUGCUCCCGCGGCUGAACAACCGAUUGACUUCACUCACGCCUUCGUUAGUUCCCACGGAUUGUUCGUUGUCCAUUCAUUUCUGGUUUCUUGGUUUUGUUGGUCUAUUUGUUCUUGAUUCCGUUAACUCUCCGCUUAUUCUUACCUACUAGAUGGAUUAGACUAAUGAUAAUAAAGUUCAAUUCUUGGAGUAAA